AUGAUUGUGAGGUGUACAACUGUCCAUGAAUGUGAUUUGAGGCUCGUAAGUGACAAGCAUCGUCAAGCAACCGUAGCACUUGUAGCUACUUCACUUAAAAGGAAGUUGAAGGAUUCUCGAACAAUAUACACACCAAGUGACAUUAUGAGAGAUGUGAAACACAGCUUUGGUUGCAACAUCCAUUAUUCGAAAGCUUGGAAAGCAAGGGAGUUAGCUCCAUUGUCUAUUAGAGGAUCAGCGGAGGAGGCAUAUUAUAUCCUUCCAGCUUAUUGCUAUGAAUUGGAGCGUAUGAAUCCCGGCACAAAAACACACAUCCAAACUGAUGAGAACAAUCACUUUGUGUAUUUAUUUAUGGCGGUUGGCGCAUGUAUUAGAGGGUUCCGUUCUUCCAUGCGCCCAGUGAUAGCCGUGGAUGCCACUCAUUUAAAAUCCAAGUACAAGGGUGUUAUGUUUGUAGCAAAUGCAUUCGAUGGUAAUCGAAAUAUAUAUCCUCUUGCUUUUGGGAUCGGGGAUUUGGAGACGGACGCAUCAUGGCAUUGGUUUUUCACUAAACUUCAUGAAGCCAUUGGUGAGUGUCCCAAUCUUGUUAUUAUUUCUGAUCGCAAUGUUAGCAUAGAGAAUGUGCUGCGAAAUCUUAUUCCAUUGCUGAAUUUGAUUGUCAUUAUUAGCAACAUCAAGCGAAAGGAACAUGUUGCUCAAUAUCUUGAAGAGGCAGGGUUACAUAAGUGGUCUAGAGCUCACAUGGAUGGACGCCGCUACAAUGUAAUGACAACAAAUAUUGCGGAGUCAAUCAACUCAGUCCUUAGGUUUGCAAGGAUGCUGCCAGUGGUUCAUUUGAUAGGGGAAAUUGUUAAUCUCCUUGUGAAAUGGUUCACCGAACGUCGUGAGUUAGCUUUGAAUUGCACAACAACAUUGUGCCCCAAUUUCGGAGAGAAGAAGUUGAGGAACAGGUUGGAGGAUGCUGCAAGGAUGAAUGUGGUUAAAUUAAAUAAUGCACAGUUUAAUGUUUUGGACGGUGAUAAGGACGGCCUCGUAGAUUUGACGAACAACAGUUGUAGUUGUAGAAAGUUUCGGCUUGAGCAGCUACCUUGCAAGCAUGUAGUUGCAGUUUGCCGCUUCUUGAAAGUAAAUGUAUACUCAAAGGCUUCUCGGUAUUACACUCGGAAAACCUGGAUGGAUGCUUAUUCGGAUAGCAUCUACCCGGUAGAACCUCACGGAAUGUGGGAUAUUCCUAAAGAUGUUCGAAGUCGAGUUGUGCUGCCUCCCGUGGCAAGGGUCAUGCCAGGCAGACGAAAGAAGAUAAGAAUUCCCUCGCAAGGAGAGGGCACCAUUAGAAGAAAGUGCUCAAGGUGCGGUUCCGCAGGCCACAAUAAAAGCACCUGUAAAAACAAUAUUCCAUUGCGCAAUGUAUCUUAG